AUGGCUGAUAUUGGUGAGACUGAUAGCUCAAAGGAAUCAGCGAAAGAAUUCCCAGCGCUAAAAGACACGCAACCGAUUGUGCCUACUCUUCGAUUCCAGUACUGGCGGGCCUACGAGGAGUUGGCCCACAUUGUCGUUCAGCGAUAUCCUAUGCUUAACAUCGAAGGAACGACCUAUCCUCCCCCGCAGUGGCGUGCUUUCAUCGCCAAAAUUGUCACCUCGUUGAAGUUCUUAAUCAUAGCCUUGAUAAUCGUAGGUAUUAACCCCUUCCCCUAUUUUGGCCUUGGAACUCCUAACUUCGUUACUUAUGCAAGUGAAAAUAAAGUUUCAGUUUGCUUGAUGUGUUUCUUCAUCGGAGGCCUUAUCGAGGGUCAGCUUCUAUCCACGGGUGCAUUUGAGAUCACUUUUAACGGUAUGCUGGUUUUGAUGUGUACAGAGUCUGCCAUGUUUAUCAUUUGUGAAUCUCUUGCACUUUUUGUGAGUCUUGUUUAA